UAAUCGUACAGUACAGAAAGAAACGGCCAUAAAAGAAGUAAGAACAGAUCGCAACACACAAAGUUGUAAUUUCCAAAUUCCAAAUUCCAAAUGUGGUCGCUUGCAGUUACUCUCUAGUUAUAGCUUCCCUUCCAAAUUCCAUUUGAUUCCGUCGGAGAGCUUGCGAUGGACGCUUCUUCCUUCAAGAUUAUAUUGGGCUCAUCCUCCGUCGCGCGCCGCAAGAUAUUAUCCGAAAUGGGAUACCUAUUCACGAUAAUGACUGCAGAUAUUGAUGAAAAGAGCAUCCGAAAGGAAACUCCAGAAGACUUAGUUAUGGCUCUCGCCGAAGCCAAGGCCAAUGCCAUUAUAUCUAAACUUCAGACCACCACUAAUCAACAGAGGGUUGAUGAACCCACUAUUUUAAUUGCAGCUGACACAGCAGAAGCCAUCUUACAAAGGCUCCCUGUUGAUGACUACUUAAAGGAAGCUGAGCCAACAUUAUUAAUUACCUCUGACCAAGUGGUGGUGUACGAAGGUGUGAUUAGGGAAAAACCAACAAGCAAAGAAGAAGCUCGACAAUUCUUGAAAGAUUAUUCUGGAAGGCAUGCUGCAACUGUGGGAUCUGUACUAGUUACUAACCUCAAAACAGGAUUGAGAAAAGGAGAUUCGGAUCGUGUGGAGAUAUAUUUCAAUGAAAUACCCGAUGAAAUCAUUGAGAAACUGGUUGAUGAGGGAAUUACUCUCAAUGUUGCUGGGGGGCUGAUAAUAGAACAUCCUUUAGUAUUGCCAUUUGUCAAAGAAGUGGUAGGGACAACCGACAGUGUGAUGGGACUCCCCAAAGCUCUGACUGAAAAACUGUUGAAGGAGGCCCUGUAGCUUGAGCUACCGUUCCACCUUGUAGGACUGCUAAGUGUUAAGUAUUGGCUUAAUCUGUGAAUCAGAAUCUUAACCUUUGCUCCCAACAUUUUUCGAAACUCAUUGCUGUCUUUUCUGGUCAUAGUUAUGUGUAGGCUGGCAUGUACCGUGUGGCAGUUACACCUGAACUAUUAUUGGGUAUUCUGAUCCUAGUUAAUCAAUUGGGCCAUAUUUUAUUAGUAACAUAAGACUGUAUUGCGACUAUUAAUCGGUCUAUUAGAAUAAGAAUUGCAUGUUGACAUCUCCAGUCAUGGGAAAUGAAUUUAUUCAGAUUCAGAUACAUAUUGAAAAAUGGAGGCUGGGUGGUUUGAAAUGCUUUCAUACUGUAAUUACGGAUGUCAUCGAAGAUAUUGUUGUAAUUUUUUCUUCUUGGA